UAGAUUCUAGCCCUGACAUGUCUCUCAGUCUCUAUUUAAACCAUAGACCGGAUCUCAACCGGCUCCCACUCCUCUCUUACCCUGAGCUCUAGCACUUUAUGUACAGCUACAGAGUAUUUAUAGACGACUUUAACUUAGAAUAGCCAAUUUACCUCUCUUUGCACAGAUAUUUGCAGCAAUAUGGCAACAGAAAAUUGUUUAAGCAGUUCUCAGAUCAACAAGGUUGACAAUGACAAACUGGUAAGACCUAGAGUACAGUUGAAACGCCUGUUAGAAGAUGCAGGUGCAGAUAAAGAAGUUUUCACCAUGAAGGAGGUUAUGUUUUAUUUGGGGAAGUAUAUCAUGAGCAAGGAGUUGUAUGACAAGCAGCAGCAACACAUCGUUCAUUGUGGAGAGGAUGCUCUCGGUGCCAUCCUGGGGGUGAAGAGCUUCUCGGUCAAAGAGCCCCGUGCCCUCUUUGCAAUGAUCAGCAAAAACCUUGUAACAGUAAAGAACCCAGAAACUCAGUCUAACUUAUCAGAACCUAGGAGUCAAAGUGAACCAGAGCGAGGGCCAGGGGAUACGGAUUCGGAGUCUCGCUCAUCUACCUCACAGCAGCGCAGAAGGAGGAGAAGCAGUGAUCCUGAGAAUUCCUCGGCAGAAGAUGAGCCUAAAGAACGCAGGAAGAGGCACAAGUCAGAUAGCUUCUCCUUGACGUUUGAUGACAGCCUGUCAUGGUGCGUGAUCGGCGGCCUGUGUCGAGAGCGGGGGAACAGCGAGUCUUCAGAGACGCAAAGCAACACUGAUGUAGGUAUCUCUCAUAGUGAGGAGAGUGAGGAAAGCGAGGAUUCUGAUUCUGAUAACUUUAGCGUGGAGUUUGAAGUGGAGUCCAUUGACUCUGAUGCCUACAGUGAGAACGAUGAAGAUUCAGUGCCAGGAGAGAAUGAGGUGUAUGAAGUCACAAUCUUUGCAGAGGAUGAAGACUCGUUUGAUGAGGACACUGAGAUAUCUGAGGCAGACUACUGGAAGUGUGCUGAAUGUAAUGAGCUCAACCCUCCUCUUCCUCGAAACUGCAAAGGCUGCUGGACCGUAAGACCCGGCUGGCUUCCAGAGACACAAUUAAACAGUGAAAACAACUCUGUUAACACACAAAACAACACAGAAGACACCAGCAUCAUCACACCCCACAGCACAGACCACAACCAGGCUUCUGAUGAUAACAACAAGCUUACCUCCAAACCCUCCAGCCCUCUCUCCGAAACAGACGAGGGAGUGGACAUGCCCGACGGCAAGUGCUCACAGUCUAGCACAGCCACCAAAGACGAACUUCCCUCUUCUGCCUAUGGCUCCAUGACUGACUCGCAAACUACAUCAUCACAGCCCUCCACUUCCUCAGGGGGCUGCAGCCAAGAAGAGUCCCCCGAGCUGGAGCGUUUUAACAGCCUGGAUGCCUGUUUGCCCUCCACUUUCCUGGAGCCUUGUGUCAUCUGUCAGAGUCGCCCUAAGAACGGCUGCAUCGUCCACGGAAGGACUGGGCACCUUAUGGCAUGCUAUACAUGUGCCAGGAAACUAAAAAAUCGCAACAAGCUUUGUCCGGUGUGCCGAGAGCCCAUUCAGUCAGUUGUGCUGACUUACGUGAGCUGAGGCAUCACAGAUAUACCUCCUCUUUAAAUUUGUAUUAUAGUUUUCUAUAGUUCUUUGCAUUGAAGUGAAUAUUUGUAAUAUUUUUCUUAUUGAUUAAAGAAUUUUAUUUAUAACUCAAAGACAAGAAAUGUUCAUGCAAAGAUGUUUUAAAGUUUGAGUUGAUGGGGAUAGCUGUGCUUUGUACUAUUGUUAAUUUAUAUUCAUUCUAAUUAAUUAAAGUUCUUUGAUGCACUAAAA